AUGAAAGCAAGAGAAAAUUAUCAAUAAAUUUGCUUACACCUAGAUCUUCAGCCUAGACCAGGAAUUCUUAAUAUUAUGAAUUUAAUUAAUUCGUUUAAGAAAUAGCACAAAAUGAAUUACAAUUUAUUGAUUUCUCAUAUGCUUUCAAUUGUAUACUCUCUUCCAGAUUAAUUAGAAUAUUCUAAAUUCCAAAAUGUUUUACCAUUAUUUUGGGAAGAAAAAUUUGUUUUAUUCAAGAUUUCUAAUAUUCUCAAAAGUGGAACAUUCAGGGAUUAUAACCACUACAAAUAAGACCCCUUCGUUGAAUUAAGGGAACGAGAGUAGGUAGAAUGCAUUGAAGCCUAGAGAAUGAAGGAAAUAAAAGGGGAGGAAGGUGAGAUUUAAUAAUAUAGAGGAGGUGCCCCAUUAACUUGCUUAGUUAAGCUACUCAGGAGAUGA